UUGUCAAGAAUCUCCAAUGCUAUGAUCAGUUUUGGGCCCCUCCCUACGAGGACAGUGAGGUACUGGAGUGCCUCCAGAGAAGGGCAACAAAGCUGGUCAAGGGUCUGAAGAACAAGCCUUACAAGGAGUGGCUGAGGGAACUGGAGUUGUUUAGUCUGGAGGAAAAGAGGCCGAGGAGAGGCCUUAUCACUGUGUACAACUGCCUGAAAGGAGGUUGUAGUGAAGUGGGUGUUGGGUCUCUUUUCCCAAGUGAGAGGCAAUAGGCCUAGAGGAAAUGGGCUCAAGUUGCGGCAGGGGACAUUUAGAUUGGAUAUUAGGAAAUAUAACUUCAGUGAAGUGGUUUUCAAGCACUGGAACAGGCUGCCCAUGGAGGUGGUUGAGUCACCAUCGCUGGAGGCAUUUAAAAGACAGCUUCAAGAAACCCUUAUAAACACGUGAGAAGAUGACAAGAUCUAGAUCAAGAUCACCACGAUGGAAACAGAGGUCCUUAUCUCCAGCAUUUAGAAGUCCGGAGCACCAUAGGCAAAGGCAUGCUCCUGUUAAUUAUGACUGUGAAUAUAAAAGCUUUCGUAAGGACCCAAAGAAGCCUAUAACUUGGAGAACAGAAGAUGAAAAAUAUGGACAAAGCAAUUCUAGGUUUGCACCUCAUAGAAAUAACCACCAGAGAAUAUAUGAACGUAGGUCACCUUCACCGAACCUGAAAAGAAUUCCCACGGAAGAUACUUACAAUUAUAAGCCCUACAGAACGCAUUCAUCUGAAAGAACUGAAAGCAAUAGGAGAUGCCAGUUACCACCAAAAUACUCGGACUUACCUUAUAAAGAGCACGAUCGUCCGUUUUACCAACACAAAAUGGAAGAAAGAUACAUGUUUCAGCACUACAAAGUCACUGGAAAUGAAAAAGGGAUGAAACCUUUCCAUAGACCUUUAGGGGCUUCAUGUAAACUUGAAAGAAAAUGGCAUGAAGAUGACUUGAGGCACCAGAGGUUACAUGAAGAGAAGUACGGUCAGUCACCCAGAAGAGUUUCUGAUGAAUUUACGGCAAGGAGCUCUUUACAGAAGAGGUAUCCUGAAGAUCACGAUUACAGAGAAUAUGGGCACACGUCUAAAAGGGCUAAAGAAAUGGAGAGGUAUGACGGUGGCGAAGUAGCAAGAAAUUCCAAGUGGAAGCAAGAACGUUCUUUUCCACCCUACCAAGAAAUGGAGGAGGAAAGAAAUCUGGUUGCCCAGUCCCACCGACCGGCUGAAAAGGAGUACUCGGAGGGUUCUGUCACAAAGAUAGCCUAUGAGUACGGUCACAAGCGGCACAGGCAUGUGGAUGGGGAAAAACCUUUUUCAGAUGAUAGAGCUCAGAAGUAUGUGAAGCAGGAAGACCAGAAAUAUGGUUCUUCUAAGGGUGCCCGAAAUAGCAAAGAGUUAGAUUACUUUAGCAGUGGAAGAGCGAGACGGACUGAAGAAGGGCAUGUUGAAGUACCUGUUAAAUAUAGUUCAAAGAAGGGCUGCAAUGCUUGUGUUAACUCUUCCAAAACGGAUGUUGAUCUGAGAUCUUUUAAAAACAAAGCGAAGGAAAGAGUAAGGAAAGAAGGAGAAUUCAGGAAAAAAGUAGAUUCCUCCGAUAGCCAGCAUGAUCCGAGUCAUACUGUUUCAGAUGUGAAAGUGUCAGAUGUCAACUGUAGGAGGGAACAUCUCACAAUCAAAGUGGAUAUGAAGAAAAUGGUGACCAAGUACAGGACUGCUUCUAGUCAUACUACGGAGAGGCAGAUGUCACAUGAUCUGGUUGCUGUUGGCAGGAAGAAUGAGAAUUUUCAUCCGGUGUUUGAGCACAUGGAAUCUGUAACACAGAAUGUUGAAAACGACCCAUCAAGAGAGUUUACUCAGGAAAUAAUAACAAUUAUCCAUCAAGUUAAAGCAAAUUAUUUUACAUCUUCUGACAUAACUCUUCAUGAACGGUUCUCAAAAAUUCAGGCUAAACCAGUUGCAAAUAUGAAUGAAGUUAAAAUACAUUUGGAUCCAGAAAUUCACAGGAGGAUUGACAUGUCUCUAGCAGAACUUCAGAACAAACGAACUGUGCCAUCUGAAACUCCCCAGAACAUUAUGAGAGUGUUAGAAGAUCCAAAUGAUCUACGGCAUGAUAUAGAAAGGAGAAGAAAAGAGAGAUUGAAGAAUGAAGAUGACAGAGUGUUUCAUGUAGAUGGUGUAACUCCAAGGAACCAGCAGAUCUGCAGUCUUUCAAAAUUACAAAACUCUCAACCUGAUGGCUUCCAAAAGCCUAUGAGGUUCAUUAAGCCACCUUUUAGGAAAUUUAUUGGGAGACCUCACCUGAAUUCUUACUAUUCUUCAAAACCAAGUGAUACUUACCCUUACAGACGCAUUAGAGGACACAUGGAAAAUGCAGGACCCAUCAGAAGACCCUUUAAGAGCAACUUUGCAGAUGGCCGUUUGCAAUCCCAUUACAAAUCAGGCUUAGUACAGAAGGGGUUAUAUAUUCAGGCUAAGUACCAGCGGUUACGUUCUGUUGGUGUAAGGGGAUUUACCACUAAUAGAUUCAGAGAUGGAUUUUUGAGGAAAGAAAAGGGAAAUUUAAAUAUUGCAACAGAAACCUGAACUGAGCUGUGAUCCUGAAGUUGAAACAGACAACACAGCAAACGGAGCAUCUGUUAGCUUUUUGACAGCUUUGUCAAGACUUAAAAUAGGAUAAAGGAACUAACUCUGUAACUUUCUUGAUUAAAAAUAACUUUAUUUUUCAGUAGUGGAAUGCUGCAGAACUUUUUUACAGUUUUAACAAUUGCUUUUAAAGUACAGUAUUCAACUGAAACAUUGUAGUAUGUACCUGUAGUUCCUUUUCCAUACCAGUCUCGAGUAAAGAAGUCAUUGAAGGGAGUCUUAUUUAUUGAAUACUUUUUUCUCUGAGCAUGAUGUUACAGAGGGAACUUGAGUUGUUGUACCGAGAGGUUUCUGUGUUGAAAGUUUAUUGCUUAUGUAAUAAAAAAAAAAAAAAGAAAAAAAAAAAAGUGCCUGAAUUGUUUGGUAAUAGCACAUUAGCUCAGGAUUUUCCAAGUAAAGACCUUUUAGGUUGUGCAAUAGAUUUUACACCUCUGUUCAGUUAUUAUGGUAAAAUAAUAUUUUGUAUUACCUUAAUAAUACAGUUGGGUUUCUGAUGUAAAUAUGAAUUUGUAAAUUGGUAGAACAUUGGGACAACUUUUCAGUGUUUGAUUAAAAUGAAUGGUAACGGGCAGGUAUGUAAUGUACUGUAGCAGUAGCUUAUCACUGCACCAAAAGCAUGCUUGGGUUUGUUAGAGGAUUAGUUGGUCUGUACUCGAAGUUAUUCUGUCUCAUUAUAUUUUGGUGUAUGACAUUCUUGACCAAGCCACGUGUUCUCUAAUCUUUUUCGGCGUAAAUGAUUUGAUGACUUCCUGGAUUCUGAAAUUGGGGCCUGAAGUAUUUAAUUACAAGAAAAACAAUAAAAGUAAGUUUUUCUAAGUGUCUUCUAACAAAGCUGUUCAUAAUUGAAACUGCUUUAAGUGCAGAUAGCUUGUAAUUUUGUUUAAAAACCCAGUAGUUCUCUGAAGCUUACCAAACAGCAAUAUUGUUAUGCUGUGUGCAAAACUCAAAUAUCCAGACAUGUUUUAUAAGCGGCUAUAAACAAUAUUUUGCUUUUUUAUUGUUUAUAGCCUUUGCCUUAAUACAUAAUAUAAGAUAGGAUUGUGUGUAUGUAUUACAGGUUUGUUUGGACCAUUUAUUGCUGGUAAAUUAAAGAUGUAUAGCAAGUAGUUUUCAGAGAUGACUUUAUUUAAGAAAAAAAUUAUUCACCAUAUCCACAGCAUAUGUGGGAUAAUGUAUUUCCAUAAUUUCCAAGAUAGUGUUGGCCACAUAAAAUGCAGGCUAGUGUCUGUGGUGGAUAGUAGAUCAGAAUUCUAAUAGUAGGCAGAGGUACGUUCAGAGAAAAGGGAAUCUGGUUUUGGGGUGGAAAGUCAAGAUGCGAUUUCUGUGUGGGUUUUUUCUAAUGUUUUUUUCAUAGUGCUUUCAGUAGAGAGAUUAUGUGAAAGUAGGGAUGGCUUGGAACAGCUAAACCAGGGUCACUUAACAUCUUUAAUUUAUGGGGCACACUGCUUAGUGUUCACAGGGAAUAAGCAGGCAGGAAGUGUGCCACAUCCAUUGAUGUUACGGUCAUUCAACAGUAACACCAGAUGGCUUGUUUCUAAAACCCAAGUUUUCAGUUGAAAUAACAAUCAUUAAUGUUUCAACUGUUUUUUCAGUAACUUUGACAUCUGUACACAAACUGGGAAGCUAAAAGAAAGGAAUUAUGUGGUCAGAGGCAGGCAACCUUCUGCAGAUAAGAAAGUGUUUAUUUACUUAUGCUGUUAGUGAUCAAGCUGGAAAAAUCAACCUGCAUAGAUUUGCCAGGAGAUGAAAAUAAGGAAUUGAAACAACAGAUUAAGUGAGUCAAUGUGAAACAAAUGUGGCGUGGCUGCAGUUGAGUGUCCUGCUGGCAGGGGAGAGCUGUGUGUACCCCUCCAGAGGAGGACUGGUUUACCCUCAAGCCAACCAGCUAUUCACACUGUGCCUGAAUGUGCUAAAGCACUGCAGAACACGUAAGAAGUGAAACCGUAUACGAUACAAGACAAACUACUGAAGCUAUGUUGUCUUAUUCAACAGGAUACUACUGUUUCUAUAAGCUUCCUGCAGUGUUCUUAUUAAAGCCUGGAGGAGAACUCGUUGUUAAGCAAAUGAGAAAAGUGGAUACAUGAAGAAACUUCUGACACGGCAGUUUUGCUAACGCUGUUUGGAAGUAAUGCUGAAGCAGUCGACUUCAGUCAGUUAAUGCUGCUUUAAUGGGGUUUAAAGGGUGACUGGCUCCUCGGAUUUAUUUUGUACUUUCUUAUUUUACCUCUGCAGGACUAUGAAUCUCUAAUUUGUUUUGUACUUGAACAGUUCAGCUUUUAUUUCUACAACUGAGAGUAAUGUAUUACAAACGAGAUUUUGACAUAUUUACUAACUUGAUUUUUUUUUUUUUUACUCCCCUUGCGUGUCCUUGGUGCCAAGAUAAACGUCAUGAUGAAAUGUAGUCACUGUUCCAGUUGCUUUAGCUUUUAUUUAAGUUGAUAUCAUUUGCUCAAAUCACAUUCUUUACUGGUAAUUUUACUUCACUGAUUUGCGAUUCUGCCAUGAUAAAACUUGCCAUGUUUUAUGAUAUACAUGCAGCAGUUGAAUUCUGUGACUGGGUUAGGUGCUUGAGGCAUCUACUCUGUGGUGUUAUCUGGCGUGAGAUGUUACUAUGGAUAUUUGUCUUUGUGAAUUAGAAAGACUUGUGUCUAUAUACUCAUACACAAAUCAGCUUAUUUAUUAUUUUGCCACAGAAGGUCUGUUUUACUGAAAUAUAAUGUUUGGUUGAGAACAACUUAUUGAAGUUACUGACAAGUUACUGAAGGCACAAGAAACUGUUAAAUAGAAAACAGAUCAGUUUACUUGAAUAACUUGGUGCUUUUGUGACUGCAUUGUAGAAAACACCUGUACAAAGGCUUAAGUAAUAUCGUGAUUAUUUUGUUGUUUCUAAUGGGAGCAUGGACUGCUAAGGUUGUUAGAAUAACCACUUUAAAUAUGUCUCAGCUUCAGAAAGGAAACAUUGUCUCUUGUAUUAGUAAAGCCUGUCACUGCAUUUGCAUUGGAAGGGCAGGUUAAAAAUAUGAUUGUCUAAGAGCUUUCUAGCUUUGUUUUAUACUUUGAAAAUAUAAAUGUGAAUAAUUGCCUUUCUCUUGGUUGACUUGAAAUGACUGUUAAAUGCUCAUGUCACAAUUUCACGUGUGAACAAUUGAGACUAUUUUUUUAAAUUGCUAUUCCAAAUGCAAUGGUUUUAAUGAUUAGAGUCUUCCUUAUAAGUGUCUGAAAUAACAAGUUGUUGUGAUGUUAGCAUUUAUAUUGCUGACCUGUUCAAUCUCUACGUAGAGUGGUUAGAAUCCUCAUUUUAAACUUUGUGAUGACAGAGUUCACAAGGUU